GGUCAGUGCUCAUACUCAAACCCCGAAUUAUUGUUCAGGGCCUGGAAUCCUUCUCAAAAACGUGGAAGCAGGGGUCUGCAAGGCCGGAACAUGCCAUAAACCGCAAUAUAAAUUCCGCAUCUUGUCGGACCGCUGCCCUGCCAAGAGCCAAGGCCGCAGCAGUCCCAAGCCCUCGUCUCCAGGCUCCCCCGUCUGGAAUACACAGCUCUCGUUCUGUGUAUACCUACUCCCCCUCCAUCAUGAAGAUCCCGCGCCUCGCCCUCGCCGUUGCGGCCCUUGCCGUGUCGGCCGUGCACGCCUGGCUCCCCGGGGCCGGGCCCGAGAAGCGCUCCAUCGUCGAUCUCGACGGCUUCAGCCUGUUCAACGGGAGCCACGGCGGCGGGAGCACCGGCCGGCGGUGGCUCAGCGCCUCGGGCAAGCUGCGCGGCGUCAACCUCGGCUCCCUCUUCAUCGUCGAGCCGUGGAUGAUGUGGUCCGAGUGGGCCGCCAGCAUGGGGUGCGAGGUCAAAGACAAGAACUCCGAGUUCGACUGCAUGACGAAGCUGGGCCAGAGCGAAGGUGACAGGAAGUUCAAGGAGCACUGGGGGAACUUUAUCAAAGAGGCCGACUUCAAUGAGAUGAUUGAUAGCGGCCUCAACACAGUCCGCAUCCCCCUGGGGUACUGGAUGAUGGAGGAGAUUGUGUACUGGGACUCGGAGCACUUCCCUAGGGGUGGCGUGGAAUAUCUCAAAAAGGUGUGCGGCUGGGCAAGCGACCGCGGCAUGUAUAUCAUCCUCGAGCUUCACGGUGCCCCGGGCGCGCAGGCGGCCAAGGAACCCUUCACGGGGCAGCUGGCACCCACAGCGGGCUUUUACCAGGACUACCAGUACGACCGCGCAAUCAGGUUCAUGGCCUGGCUCCGGCGCCUCAUCCACGACACACGAGAGAUGAGGAACGUUGGUAUGAUAGGGCUCGUCAACGAGAAUGUUCGCAGCAACAUACCUGGUUCCUUGAAAACGUAUUAUUAUCCCAAGGCGUACCAGGCAAUCCGGGAUACGGAAAGGAGCCUUGGCAUCACGGCGAACAACUACCUGCAUAUCCAGAUGAUGAAUUCUCUCUGGGGUCCUGAGAAGCCGGGGGAGUUCUUGUCCAGCAACUACUUCCUGGCCUACGACGACCACCGCUACCUCAAAUGGACGUUCCCCAACAGCUCCCCUUCAGACUACAUUUCCAUUUCCUGCCGCGACAAUAGGGCUGCGCCGGGGGAAGCGGACACUAUCGUCGGCGAAUGGAGCAUCAGUGCCCCCGACGCCAAAGAGAACGAUGGCGAAUGGGCCAAGAGCAACACCGACUUUUACAAAAAGUGGUUCGCAGCCCAAGUUAUUGCUUACGAAAGGCACACUCUCGGCUGGGUAUUCUGGUCCUGGAAGAAGGAAGGCGAUUAUCGUUGGAGCUACCAAGAUGCUGUCCGCCAAGGGAUUGUUCCUCGAGACCUGAACAGCGUCGCGAACUCGGGGGUGUGCAAUGGUGUUUGAUGUAUGGUGCUAUAGAGUCCUUCUGGCUUUGAUGUUACAUGUUUUUUCAUCAAGUCAAGCUUCUACCAAUUGGGCUGGCCCAUGGGUAAUGCAGACGCUUUGUCGCUGGAUCGGGCAUAUUCAAGAACACCAGAAAGCGCCAGGCGGUGGUGAUAUCCGCAAACCCUGAUCGGAUAAUAUUGGCUGCUUCCUUCACUCAUCUCCCGUCGGUUCUGCCGUGAUCAAGGCCGUGAUAGUUGCUCGAGUUAUGGAGUUGCGCACUCACGGCACUCUGCGAAACUGUCGGAUCAAGAGCUCCGGAUUUUCAGGCGACAAGGGCAAACAAGCUCGUGGGUCAAGGCUGUCCAGCGGGUGGCCAAGAAUUACCGAUGCGUGCCUGUCUAGUCCUAAUAAAGAACUGUUUAUCCCCCGA